CUCAUCAGACAAAACUGGGUGAUGACAGCGGCUCACUGCGUGGACUCGUGAGAAAAAGACCAGCUUUUCUGAGCCCUGGGUGGGGAAGAGACUGGCCCUUCUGGAUGAAUUUGUAACCUCAGUCCCUCAGGGCAGGACUUUAAGGGGCUGGGCAGUGGGCCAUGGCCCAGCCCAUUUGCCUUUGGGGGGCUAUAGAGAGGUAGCAUGGUGAAAAGUACAAAUUUUGGAGUCAAGCAGGCUCAGGUUCAAACCUCGUUCCCCCAACUUCUAGCUAUGUAACGUUGGGCAACUUACUUAGCUUCUCUAUGCCCCCAUUCUCCUCUCUCUAAAAUGGGGUCCUAAUACCUAGUUUGUAGAGUUGUUGUGAGGAUUGAGUAAAUAUUUAAGUGCCUAGUCAACAUCUCACUGGUAACUAUUUUUUCAUAUUUGUCUUGGGGAAUGGUUCUCAAAUUUGAGCAUGUAUCAGAAUCACCUGGAAGGCACGCUGAGCCCCACGCAGCAGAGUUUCUGAUUUGGUAGGUCUGGGGUGACGCCUGAUAAUUUGCAUUUCUAGCAAGUUUCCAGGUGAUCCUAAUGCUGCCAGUCUACCACGCUUUAAGAACUACUAGUCUAGGAGUGUAUGCUUCCCUCAAAAUCUCUGCAGCUGAGAGCCACUAUUUCAUUUAUGCUCACCACACCAUUCCCAGGUUACAAGAUAUUCAGCCUAUGAUGUUCAGCUUAAUAAACUUUGAAAAUGAAGUCAAUGAUAGUUUUUUUCAUUCACUAGUUAGUAAAUUAGAGAGAAAGAUUGUUACUUCCUCAUCUUUGAGGGUGUUCCGUUCCUCCUCCACCUGGGCCAGAUUAAGAUGGGUUCCUGUUCUGAAGAAAGUAUAUAAGAUGGCUCUCCAACUUUUCUCCCAGGAGAAAAAGAGAAGGUUUGAGUCCCCUGGAUCACUCAGGGCUUCCUUCUCUCACUCCAGCCAGUUGACCUUCCGUGUAGUGGUCGGAGAACACAACCUGAACCAGAACGAUGGCACCGAGCAGUACGUGAGGGUGCAGAAGAUCGUGGUGCAUCCGAACUGGAACAGCAAUAAUGUGGCUGCGGGCUAUGACAUCGCCCUGCUGCGUCUGGCCCAGAGCGUUACCCUUAAUGGCUAUGUCCAGCUGGGUGUUCUGCCCCAGGCGGGAACCAUCCUGGCUAACAACAGUCCCUGCUACAUCACAGGCUGGGGCAGGACCAAGAGCAGGCACUGGGCCAUGAGUUGGAGUGAAUGAACCAGGGGAAGCUAUAGGGCAGAGGAGGCCUCACCUCUUUUCUGGUCAUCACGAGAAGACUUCAGGUAGGGAACAUUAUACAGAUAGCAUGGAAAGGUGGGAGGGUUAUGGAGAUCAUUAAGAAGGGCAGAAACAUUAAGCCUGAUACAGAAGUCUAUCAGCCACCAGGCAGUAUUUGGGCUUCUAGAGGUAAGGCAAGGCCUUGCUACAAGCAGCAAGUCUAAGAAAACCUGCAGCUGAGAGAGACACAGGCUUCUAAUCCAGCUCCACUCCAUUCAUGUAAUGUUAUUGAGGUUCAAUGUCUUGAUCUAUAACAAAGAAAUAAUACAAGGCAAAGGCUUUGAAAAGUCUAAAGAGCAAGAGAAAGGAAAACUGCACCAAACUCUUAAGAAAUGGAACAAGUAUGCACAAUCCCGGCUCUGCUGGGGUUUACAGUGAAAGGAGGAAGCAGAGCAGACAGAUAAGUUAUCAAUACAUAAGACCAUUCUAACUACUUAACUAAGUUAUCCAUGAGUGACAAAAAGCAGGAGUGGUUUGGAACCUGGGAACAAUACGUAAGGAUGACUCUCUGAAGGACAGGACCUGUUGUGGCCAUCUAAGAGUGAAGAAAGGAGGAUUCCUGACAUGUAGAAAGAAGUUUGCCCUUUCACCAGAGCUUGAGGUUUGGCAAGUGUGGAAGGCUUUUCCCUUGGACAGCAUCUGGGGCUGACCUCCAAUGUUGUGUGCC